AUGGGGCUGCGGACCUGCAGCGCGAUGGAAGGCGAGCUUGCUGUCGCCUCGCCUUUCGUCCAGUGGCUCAAGCCGCCCGCGUCGUCCUCUUCCUCGUCGCCGUCAUGCUCAACCUUCUCCUCGUCCUCCUCGAGGCAUCAAGAAUCCCCUGAGGAAUAUGGAAGCAGCAUGACAUGUUUGCCGCUGCUCCGUAUGCUGGAGGAGGGGAAGAGGGGCGCUGGUGGCGAUCAUGAGCACCAUGCGGUCAAGGAAGAGAUCAUUAGCAGUGCGGCCGGGGUGCUGGGCCCCGGCGUGGAUCUGAACAUAGGCUUGCCGGUUGGUGGAUCUUGCGAUGAUGACGCCAUGGAAGACGAGGAGAAGGUAGACGCUGAAGACGACGAUGACGCUGAAGACGAGGAGGAUGAGGGGGAGAUGGAUGAGUGGAAGCCUGCCCAUGGCAGUUGCAAGGUGGAGAAAAAGGAGCACGGCGAGGCGGUGGUUAAGGUGGAAGGGUCAAACAGCAUCCUUGACAUGGGUGAAUUCGGAGUUGCCGGGGCAGAGAGCAGCGUGGCGAUGAGCAGCCAGUAUUGGAUCCCGACGCCCGCGCAGAUCCUCGUCGGCCCGGUGCAGUUUGUGUGCCAUGUCUGUAACAAGAACUUCAACAGAUACAACAACAUGCAGAUGCACAUGUGGGGCCACGGGCGCGAGUACCGCAAGGGCCCGGAAUCCCUCAAGGGCACGCAGACGCUGGCGCUGCUGAAGCUGCCGUGCUACUGCUGCGCCGCCGGCUGCCGGAACAACGUGGCGCACCCGCGGGCGCGGCCGCUCAAGGACUUCCGCACCCUGCAGACGCACUACAAGCGGAAGCACGGCGCCAGGCCCUUCCGCUGCCGCCGCUGCGCCAAGCCAUUCGCCGUCAAGGGCGACUGGCGCACGCACGAGAAGAACUGCGGCAAGCGCUGGUUCUGCGCCUGCGGCUCCGACUUCAAGCACAAGCGCUCCCUCAAUGACCACGUCCGCUCCUUCGGCGGCCAACACUUCCCCGUCGUCGUCGACGGUGGCGGCGGCGCCGCCACCCAGGACCGCGUCAUAAGCUUCCAACGGUGA